ACUGGAGCGUGGCGGCAGCUGCCGGAGGCUGAGCUAGAGCCCCCCGGGCCCCAGCCCACCGGCGCCGAGGCGCCCCGUCCCCUAUGCCACCUCGCGCCCGCCUCCUGCCGCGCGCUUGCGAAGGCCGGCGCCCCGCCCGGAGAUGGGGAGACGCGUAAAUGGCGUGGCUCCCGGCGCCGCCAGAUCGCAGGAGCCCGGCGCCGGGGCGUUGCGCUGAAGCUCCCUUUCCGCGCGGCCCGGGAAGCCUGCAGGUGUCCUUGGCCACUUGGCCGCCGCCCCGGGUGCUCCUUCGCCAGUGCCCAGAGCCCCGCUCUCCCGAGCGGCCCCGCCCCCCAGGCUCGGCGCAGCGCAGGACGCCCCGUCUGAGGCCCCCCCGCCCCAGCGCGGCCCCCGCAGCGCUGCGCCCGGUCCGGCGCAGCUCCCAGCCGCGGACGCAGGACCCGAGACUCGCUCCUGCGGGUGCGCUUGUUUUCCAGCUGCCGCCUCUCCCUGAGCAGCCUCCGCCAGCCCGGCCGCCGCGUUCUGCUCUGCCCCGCCCGUCUUCCUCGCCCGGCGCUGGAUUUAUGAAUGGGGGGAAGAGGCCACAUGCCGCCGCCGCCGCCUGGUAUUGACCGCACGCAGCCCGGGCCCGCGGAGCUCCGGCUGCCGUGAGAGCGUCGGCCCGGUCCCGGCAGCCGCUCGGAGGACUUGUUGCUGCUGCGUUGCUGCCGCUGCAGGGAAGCCGGCUGCUCCGGGGCUUGGUGCGGUCUGGGAGCCGGAGGGUGGCCCGUGUGAGUGUGAGCGCGCGCGCCCCGGACCCUCACGGUGCGCUCGGACUGUGCGCUUCCUCGUCUUUGGUAGGGGUGAAGCGGGGGCGUGUCUCCGGCCCAGAGCGUCUGUGUGUCCCGUCCUAGCGGGGGACCGCGUGUGUGCCUGCUUCUACCUCCCUGGGUCCUCCCUCUCUCCGCCUCCCUCUCUCCGGCGCUUCCUACCCUAACCCCAACCACCUGUGCACCGGAGAAACCCAACUCCUCCCGCUCCACGUCCCGGGGGAGUAGGCAGGGGCAGGGCCACGCCGCAGAGGGGACCGCCGCCGCCUCCUGCCUCCUCCUCGUCUCCUCCCCUCCCCCGUCUGACGCUACCUCCUCGGGAAGGGUGUUUGGAGGGCAGCGGCCGCCCCAAGCCGGAGCCCCGCAGCGCUUCUUAUGAUCAGCUCGGUGUGUGUCUCCUCCUACCGCGGGCGCAAGUCGGGGAACAAGCCUCCGUCCAAAACAUGUCUGAAGGAGGAGAUGGCCAAGGGCGAGGCGUCGGAGAAGAUCAUCAUCAACGUGGGCGGCACGCGACAUGAGACCUACCGCAGUACCCUGCGCACCCUACCGGGAACCCGCCUCGCGUGGCUGGCCGACCCCGACGGCGGGGGCCGGCCGGAGACCGAUGGCGGCGGUGCAGGCAGCAGCGGCGGCGGGGGCUGCGAGUUCUUCUUCGACAGGCACCCGGGCGUCUUUGCCUACGUGCUCAACUACUACCGCACCGGCAAGCUGCACUGCCCCGCCGAUGUGUGCGGGCCGCUCUUCGAGGAGGAGCUCACCUUCUGGGGCAUCGACGAGACCGACGUGGAGCCCUGCUGCUGGAUGACCUACCGGCAGCACCGCGACGCCGAGGAGGCGCUCGACAUCUUCGAGAGCCCGGACGGAGGCGGCAGCGGCGCGGGGCCCGGCGAAGAGGCCGGCGACGAUGAGCGGGAGCUGGCCCUGCAACGACUGGGCCCCCACGAGGGAGGCGCAGGCCAUGGCGCCGGGUCUGGGGGCUGCCGCGGCUGGCAGCCCCGCAUGUGGGCGCUCUUCGAGGAUCCCUACUCCUCCCGGGCAGCUAGGGUAGUGGCCUUUGCCUCUCUCUUCUUCAUCCUGGUCUCCAUCACCACCUUCUGUCUGGAGACCCAUGAGGCCUUUAAUAUCGACCGCAACGUGACGGAGAUCCUCCGUGUGGGGAACAUCACCAGUGUGCACUUCCGGCGGGAGGUGGAGACGGAGCCCAUCCUGACCUACAUCGAGGGCGUGUGUGUGCUGUGGUUCACGCUGGAGUUUUUGGUGCGCAUCGUGUGCUGCCCUGACACGCUGGACUUCAUCAAGAACCUGCUCAACAUCAUCGACUUUGUGGCCAUCCUGCCCUUCUACUUGGAGGUGGGGUUGAGCGGCCUGUCUUCCAAGGCAGCCCGCGACGUGCUGGGCUUCCUGCGUGUGGUGCGCUUCGUGCGCAUCCUGCGUAUCUUCAAGCUCACACGCCACUUCGUGGGGCUGCGUGUGCUAGGCCACACCCUGCGGGCUAGCACCAAUGAGUUCCUGCUGCUUAUCAUCUUCCUGGCCCUGGGCGUCCUCAUCUUUGCCACCAUGAUCUACUACGCAGAGCGCAUCGGGGCCAGGCCCUCUGACCCUCGGGGCAAUGACCACACCGACUUCAAGAACAUCCCCAUUGGCUUCUGGUGGGCUGUGGUCACCAUGACGACACUGGGCUAUGGGGACAUGUACCCCAAGACGUGGUCAGGCAUGCUGGUGGGGGCGCUGUGUGCGCUGGCUGGCGUGCUCACUAUUGCCAUGCCGGUGCCUGUCAUUGUCAACAACUUUGGCAUGUACUACUCCCUGGCCAUGGCCAAGCAGAAGCUGCCCAAGAAACGGAAGAAGCACGUGCCACGGCCGGCCCAGCUGGAGUCACCCAUGUACUGCAAGUCUGAGGAGACCUCCCCCCGGGACAGCACCUACAGUGAUACCAGCCCCCCUGCCCGGGAAGAGGGUAUGAUGGAGAGGAAACGGGCAGAUUCUAAGCAGAAUGGCGAUGCCAACGCGGUGCUGUCUGAUGAGGAGGGAGCUGGCCUCACCCAGGCCCUGGCCUCCUCCCCCACCCUGGAGGAGCGCCGGGCCCUACGACGCUCCGCCACUCGAGACAGAAACAAGAAGGCAGCUGCCUGCUUCCUGCUCAGCGCUGGGGACUAUGCCUGUGCCGAUGGUAGUGUCCGGAAAGAAGGCAAUGUUGAGCCGAAAGCGUGCGUCCCAGUGUCUCACACCUGUGCUCUUUAAACACAGAGACCUGCCAAGACGCCCUCUCGUCCAACUAUGCCCAGGCUGAAGUCCUCACCCUCUCUUAAAGCGGCACCAACGUGAGAGAGACAGGCAGACAGACAGAAAGCCAGAGGCUUAGGGAAACUCUGGAACCCAGACAAGAAUCUUUUCGCUGGGGAAGACUCAGAUAUCCUUGUUUGCACAGGACUGGUGGAAAACCUCCCAUGUGACCCUCGGAGUCCAGAGCCAUCUGGGCCUGAUGUUGUUCUACUGUACAUUGAAGAGAUAUAUAUGCACAUAUAGUAUCUAUAUUCAUACAUACUAUACUCUUGUGUGUAGUGCACGUGCUAUUGGUGGUUUGUCUUCUUUGUUAGGCUGUGUCUCCCUGAGCCCUUGCCCCACCUGGAGUUUCCCAUCCCCUUCACUGAUUUCUGUUGUUUCUGCUGACUGUGUGGGUGGAAUGUCCCAAGAAAAGUGCAUCUGGGAAUUGCUAGUCCAGCUGGGUGGUCCCAGGCUCCUGUCUUGAGGGUGUUUUCCCUGUCAGUAAGUAACCUGGUGAAGUCUAUUGAAGGCCAGAUUGCCCCCCAGGGUCACUGCCUCACUAGCCCCACCCCACCCCAGAUUGGGGUUCUAUCUCCCAUCCCGCACCCUCAUUGUGGGGGGACUUCCAGGGGCUCUUCUGCGGCCUCCUCCCCUCCUUCCUCCACCCCAUAUAUGUCCUUGACUGAGGGGGGCAUUUUGUCUUUUUUAUUUUUGACUUUGUUCUGCCUCCUUCGUCUGUUUGUUUUUAAAGAUGCUGCUGGGCAGACGGGCAGGGAAAGGAUCUGCCUGCCCAUCUGGCUCAGGGGUCUGAGAAGGGAAGCCUUGGGCGAGAGGAGACCAGUUGCAAUACUGUACUUCCUGGCCAGUGGCCAGAGGAUGCGUGCAAUAGCAGAGGCCAGGUGACCCCUUCAGCUUGGCCUCUGCCCCUCCCUCGGCCCUUCCUCCCUGCUCCUCCCUGGUGUUGGUCAGUCCUUUUCUAAAGCUGUCCACUUGUGUGUGUCUGGGGCAUGCCCAGGCUGGGCCCUGUGCCCCGUCCGCCUGCCUCCAACUGUCAUGCUGUGCUCGAGCCCCAAUAAAGACAUCUGGAGCAUCCUGCUGCUCCUGCCGUGUGA